GAGUCCAGCAAGACCAUGCUGGUCAAGGGCCCGCACGCGCUGCACGGCUACGUGGCCAACACGAUGGAGGCUGCAAUCGGCCGAGAGCUGCCUCAGAUGGAAGUGCGCUACAGCAACGUGUCCAUUACGGCUGACGUCGCCGUCAUCGGAGACGUCUCGGCCAAGUCCGAGCUGCCCACGAUCUACAACGUGACCAAGCGCAACCUGGCCAAGCUCGCCCCGAACAAGCGCAUGGAGAAGAAGCACGUCCUCAAGAACGCGAGCGGCGUGUUCAAGCCUGGCACCAUUACAUUGGUGCUAGGCCAACCUGGCUCAGGCAAGUCGUCCCUCAUGCGCAUCCUCGCUGGCCAGUUCCCGAAGAGCAAGAACGUCACGAUCGAGGGCGAGAUUCUGUACAACGGACGCCAGCAGAAGGACUUUGCCAAGCAACUGCCGCAGUUCGCGGCGUACGUGACGCAGGAGGACAAGCAUUUCCCUUCACUAACGGUCCGCGAGACGCUGGAGUUUGCCCAUGAGUUCUGCGGUGGGGGUCUCUCGACACACCACGAGGACUUGCUCUCCAAUGGCACUCCGGAAGACAACAUGGCAGCACUCGAAGCGGCCAAGGCGUACUUCAAGCACUACCCGGAUCUGAUCAUCGACCAGCUCGGACUGCAGAACUGUGAAAAUACCAUCAUCGGCAAUGCUAUGCGGCGCGGCGUGUCCGGUGGUGAGCGUAAGCGCGUGACGACUGGCGAGAUGGAGUUCGGCAUGAAGUAUAUGACGCUCAUGGACGAGAUCAGCACGGGCCUCGACGUAUGACAUCAUCAAGACGCAGCGCAGUAUCGCCAAGAAGCUGCACAAGACGGUGGUGAUCGCGCUGCUGCAGCCGGCGCCCAGGUGUUCGACCUGUUCGACGACGUGAUCAUCCUGAACGAGGGUGAGGUCAUGUACCACGGCCCUCGUGUGCAGACGCUCCCGUACUUCGAGAGUUUGGGGUUCAAGUGCCCACCCGGUCACGAUGCCGCCGACUUCUUACGGGAUCUGGGGACAAACCAGCAGGGCAAGUACGAGGCAGAACUGCCACACCACUUGGUGAAGCACCCGCGCAAAGCAAGUGAAUUUGCCGAGCUCUUUCGACAGUCAGCGGUCUACAACAAUCUGAUGAAGCUGCUGGACGACCCGUUCCAUCCACACCUCUUGGAAGACGCGGGGAAGCACAUGGAGCCCAUGCCAGUUCCGCCAGUCCUUUUGGGAAAACACGAAGACGCUGACUCGCCGUCAAUGGAUGAUGGCAAUCAGAAAUCAUGCAUUUAUCCGGACCCGGGCGCUCAUGGUGGUCGUCAUGGGCUUGAUGUAUGGCAGCACAUUCUACCAAGCCGACCCGGUCGACGUGCAGCGAAGACUUGGGGUGACGUUCCAAGCGACCAUCUUCAUGGCGCUCGGCCAGACCUCCCAGGUCCCGACGUUCAUGGCGGCACGGGACAUUUUCUACAAGCAGUGAGCAGCCAACUUCGCUCGAGCUUCUGCGUACGCGAUCGCAAACUCCGUGCGCUUGUUCCGCAGGCCAUCUUCGAGAGUGUCGUGUUCGGCUCUCUGGUCUACUGGAUGAGUGACUUCGUCGUGCACGCUGGCCACUACCUCGUCUUCGUCCUGCUGCUCAUCCUGACCAAUUUGGUGUUCGCGUCAUGGUUCUUCUUCCUGACGGCGGUGUCGCCUAACUUUAACAUCGCCAAGCCCAUGUCGACCUUCACGAUCGCCGUCUUCGUUCUCUUCGGAGGCUUUGUGGCGUCAAGAAGAGUGCUUCCCGACUGGCUGUCUUGGGGCUAUUGGCUUAACCCCAUGGCCUGGUGUCUGCGUGCGCUUGGUGUGAACGAGUAUCGCGCGGCGAAAUAUGACGUGUGCGUGUACAACGGCGUGGACUACUGCAGUGAGUUCAAUGCCACGAUGGGCGAGUACUUCUUGUCGGGGUACAGCGUGCCGUCCAGCAGCGGGCAGGUAUUGUUUACCUGGCUGGAGCGUACCUCUUCUUUAUGGCGCUGGGAGCGUUCGUUCUGGAAUACAAGCGCUAUGACGGACCGAGGAACGUUGUUCUCACACCAAAGAAUAUUGAGCAAUCCAGGUCGACAGACCCUUCCGACCACUACGCGCUGGUUUCGACGCCCAAGAGCUCCAAUACGUCUUCGAGGUCGUCUGAUCUUGUGGUUAACGUACCUCCGCGUGAGAAGAACUUCGUACCCGUCACUCUCGCGUUCCAAGACUUGUGGUACUCGGUGCCGAAGCCCAGCAACCCGAAGGAGAGUAUCGACCUUCUCAAGGGAAUCAGUGGCCUUGCUGAGCCUGGCACGCUGACGGCUCUCAUGGGCUCAUCGGGCGCUGGUAAGACGACUUUGAUGGACGUGAUUGCUGGCCGCAAGACUGGAGGCACGAUCAAGGGCAAGAUCAUGCUGAACGGCUACGAGGCGAACGAAUUGGCUAUUCGACGAUGCACCGCUUACUGCGAGCAGAUGGACAUUUACUCGGACGCCACUACGUUCCGCGAGGCCUUCACUUUUACUUCAUUCCUACGGCAAGACAGCAGCGUGCCGGACAGCAAGAAGUACGACUCAGUCGAUGAGGUGUUGGACCUGCUGGACAUGCACGAUAUCGCGGACCAGAUCAUCCGCGGCAGCUCGGUGGAGCAGAUGAAGCGGUUGACGAUCGGCGUGGAGCUUGCUGCUCAGCCGAGUGUGAUUUUCCUGGACGAGCCCACGAGCGGCCUGGACGCUCGCUCGGCGAAGUUGAUCAUGGACGGCGUGCGCAAGGUGGCGGACAGCGGCCGCACGAUCGUGUGCACGAUCCAUCAGCCGUCGACGGAGGUGUUCUACCUGUUCGACAACCUGCUGCUGCUGAAGCGCGGCGGCGAGACUGUGUUCGUGGGUGAGCUGGGCGAGAAGUACCGCAAGCUGGUGGAGUACUUCGAGUCGAUCCCGGGCGUGACUCCUCUUCCGAAGGGCUACAACCCGGCCACGUGGAUGCUGGAGGUGAUCGGCGCUGGCGUGGGCCACGCUGCCGGCACGACGGACUUCGUGGAGAUGUUCAAGAACAGCGAGGAGAAGCGCGCUCUGGACGCGAACCUGGCCAAGGAGGGCGUGACGAUCCCGUCGCCCGACUUCCCGGAGAUGGUGUUCACGAAGAAGCGCGCGGCCAGCUCGUGGACGCAGGCGCAGUUCCUGGUGGGCCGCUUCAUGAACAUGUACUGGCGCACGCCGUCGUACAACCUGACCCGCUUCGUGGUGACGUUCCUGCUGGCGCUGGUGUUCGGUUUCCUGUUCCUGGACGGCGACUACGUGAGCUACCAGGGCAUCAACGGCGGCGUGGGCAUGGUGUUCAUGACGACGCUGUUCAACGGCAUCGUGUCGUUCAACAGCGUGCUGCCGAUUUCGUGCGAGGAGCGCGAGUCUUUUUACCGCGAGCGCGCGGCGCAGACGUACAAUGCGCUGUGGUACUUCGUGGGCUCGACGCUGGCGGAGAUCCCGUACGUGUUCGCGAGCGGCUUCAUCUUCACGUUCGUGUGGUUCUUCAUGGUGGGCUUCACGGGCUUCGGCACGGCGCUGCUGUGCUGGAUCAACGUGUCGCUGCUGAUUCUGCUGCAGACGUACAUGGGCCAGUUCCUGGCGUACGCGCUGCCGAGCAUGGAGGUGGCCGCCAUCAUCGGU